AUGGUCAAGUCCAAGAACCACACCACACACAACCAAUCCCGGAAAUGGCAUAAAAAAAACCCCAUCACAAUGAGAUACAAAUCUCUUAAGGGAGUGGACCCCAAGUUCUUGAGGAACAUGCGCUUCCCCAAGAAGCACAACAAGAACGGCCUGAAGAAAAUGCAGGCCAACAAUGCCAAGGCUGCGGCUGCUUGCACUGAGGUCAUCAAGGAUCUUGUGAAGCCCACAGAGGUCAAGGCCAAGAUCCCAAUGGGCGUCAACCACAAGCUCAGCCGACUGGCCUACAUAGUCCACCCCAAGCUUGGCAAGCGGGCACCGGCACGUAUUGUCAAGGGUCUGAGGCUCUGCCCGUCCAAGGCCAAGGCACAAAGCAAGGCUGAGGCUCCAGCCAAGACCUCGACUCCAGCAAAAGCUGUCAAAGGCGCCCAGGCUCCUAAAACUUGCCCCCACGUGCGCAGGUCAGACCAGUUGCUCUCCCUGAACUACAUCUACACGGGCCAUCCUUUGUAG